CACGCAAAGCGCUAGUCGUGGAACUGAACUUGAACCAGAACUUUCCAGUUUUUCUCACAAAUAGUACGCCGCAACGUGCGCUCAUUACGGAGUUUUACGCUAAAUCAAUCGAAUAUCGAAUAGUUCGCGGCCGGAAGAAAGGCGCAGAGGAAAAAACUAGAAGAUGGAGGAUAACAAAGAUGAACACCAGUUCGUUGUGGACGACGUUAGCAAAAUUAUAAAGGAAGCGAUCGAAACGACCAUCGGAGGAAACGCGUACCAGCAUGACAAAGUGAACAACUGGACCGGCUCGGUAGUAGAAAACUGCCUUGGAGUGCUUACGAAGCUGCAAAAACCCUACAAAUACAUCGUAACCUGCAUGAUAAUGCAGAAAAACGGAGCCGGGCUGCAUACGGCGAGUUCCUGCUAUUGGAACAACGAAACGGACGGAUCCUGCACGGUGCGCUGGGAGAACAAAACGAUGUACUGCAUCGUGUCGGUGUUUGGUCUUUCAAUUUAAACACUAGCCGCAGCUGCUUUUCGAAUUUUAAUACAUUUCGACACCUAAUUUAAUACACAUACACGAGCACACACACAUACACACUUGGUUCCAUAUCUUUCACGUAUCCGAUCGUUUUUUCGAUCAUUGCUUUCCUUUCGAACACUUUAAGAUCGAACAUUGCAUGGCACAAUGAAGCGCUUCUAGAGCAAAGACUAUAGUUACGGCUCCGAUGCCGACGACUGUGAGCGUUGAUAAUUUAUUUUUAACUAAACAUAAUAAUGGGCAGUAGCUCGGUGCGACUCACACUUUCACCUUCUUGCAAAUUGUUAGAAGCAGAAGAAAGCUCUCAAAGGUAUGUUUAAAAGUGUACAUGGAUCUGUAGGGUACGUAGGUUGACCAGAGUUCUCCCCGAAGGGCAUCGUUAGGAUGGAGAUUGAUUUACCGCACCGCCGCUCCCUAAACAGUUUGUUCUAGAAUUGCCCAAAAUGUUAGCAAUUAAUAUUGUUUCUGAGUUCAUUCUUAUCCUCUCAGCUGGGCAGCGGCAUUCGGUGCGGUCAGAUAUGCGGAAGACAAGGUUCCGCGCCGACAGAGGGCCGGAACCUGCGUUAAGCCAUAUGUUACAGGCAUGGCCAGGCACAGGAGAUAGCAUUGCAACAGGGCUGUGUGUGUAAAAACGAAAAUUAGGAUUUGCAGUUUAAUAAUAGCAUUGAGGCCAAAGUGCGAUCACUUGUUACGAGCCUGCAUCGAACUUAUCGAACAUGAGAACUAAUCAAUUCAGCAAAGACAGAUCGCUUACUAGGUCCAAUGUGUACUGUGAGACAAGUGGGCCGUUAACAGAUGUAAACUAUCACUCGAAUGCCUGGACAGGAAAGCAUACGGGCAUGUGGCGCUGGUAAAACGGAGCGAUUCCGCUAGAAACGCGUAUCUUGUUUCUAUGCACUACAUUUUCCAUGUAAUUAGGUUGUACGGAGACGAAGCUCCCCUGACGAACGGAAGCUGAAUGUACGUUUCGGAGGGAAACUGAUAAACAAAUAGAAAUAAACACUAAGUGCUGAUACAACGAGAACGAAAUAGAGUGCUUAUAGUCUUUGAUUUACCUUUGUGUAAGAACCCAUCGGUCAAAUGUUUCACCAAGCCACCAUUUUAGUUUCUAUUAAGUUCUUAAACAAAAUGCGUAGCUACGUGGGCAUGCUGAUAAGCUUAUUUAGUUCGUUGGAAGCUUCUGAAGCAUAGUUAGUUCGUCUGCCAGAAGCAUAUGUUCAUUACUUAUCGGUAUGACCACGUGCAAGGAUAAGAGGCUAUGCUUUUUUAUGCUUCAGCCUUUCUGCCGAACGUCCAUAAU